UUAAAGUCGGAUUUUAAGAUACAUUUCAUCGCGUGUCUAAUUCCUCCUCAUACUUUUAAACGGCAUGGCGGCCCGGUGGUCGGCUUUGACGCGGAGUGACCGGCGUUAAUGCCUAUAUCGUCCAUUGCGUGUGUGAGCGUUGUGUCGGUGCUCCACCCCCUUUGUGCUCAGCUCCUUGUACUUUUGGGAGCGUCUCGGGAUCGGCGCACCUAGCAGCCGCAGGGAUCCGCGCUGACUUUGAUGGGAGCCGGCGGCUAUACUGUCAGCGUCCAGCCGGUGUAAGGAGACGGUAGGCACCGGACAGGUUGCGAAGAACAGAAUUAAUCGGGGAUUCGCGGCGACCCGCGAUGCCUACGCUGCGGGACAGCACGAUGUCCCAUCCUGGCGAGAGUGCUCACCAAGUCCGCGUGAAAGCCUUCUACCAGGGAGACAUCAUGAUCACGCACCUGGAGCCGUCCAUCUCUUACGAGGGCCUACAGGACCGAAUGCGUGAGAUGUGCUCCAUGGAGAGUGAGCAGCUCUUCACCAUGAAGUGGAUUGAUGAGGAGGGGGACCCCUGCACUGUCUCCUCCCAGAUGGAGCUGGAGGAGGCACUGCGGCUCUACGAGCUCAACAAGGACUCUGAGCUCACGGUCCAUGUGUUCCCCUGUGUCCCUGAGAAACCAGGCAUGCCGUGCCCAGGAGAGGACAAGUCCAUUUACCGGCGUGGAGCCCGACGCUGGAGGAAGCUGUACUGUGCCAAUGGACAUACCUUCCAGGCCAAAAGAUUUAACAGGAGGGCCCACUGUGCCAUCUGCACAGACCGUAUAUGGGGCCUUGGUCGACAGGGUUACAAGUGUGUCACGUGCAAGCUGCUAGUGCACAAGCGCUGCCACAAGCUGGUCACGGUCGAGUGUGGUCGACUGCUGGUCCGGGAUCCAGUCAUUGGUCCAUUGGAACCUGCAUCCAUAUCAUCUGAGCAGCUUGAGCCAGGCCCUCCGCUGAAAUCAUCCAGCGAAAGUCUGAAUCCCCUGGAGGACAAGGAGGCGGCGGGUGGCAGCCGAGACCUCAGGAAGGCACCCUCUAGCCUAGGGCUGGAGCACUUCGACCUGAUGCGCGUUAUCGGGCGCGGGAGCUAUGCCAAGGUGCUGCUGGUGAAGCUGAAAAGGACAGAGCGCAUCUACGCCAUGAAGGUGGUGAAGAAGGAGCUGGUCAACGACGACGAGGACAUUGACUGGGUUCAGACGGAGAAGCACGUCUUCGAGCAGGCCUCCAACCACCCCUUCCUGGUGGGGCUGCACUCCUGCUUCCAAACAGAGAGCAGGCUCUUCUUUGUCAUUGAGUACGUGAAUGGUGGAGAUCUGAUGUUCCACAUGCAGCGUCAGAGAAAACUCCCCGAGGAGCAUGCCAGGUUCUACUCGGCAGAAAUCAGCCUGGCGCUGAACUAUCUGCACGAGAGAGGGAUCAUCUACAGGGACCUGAAGCUCGACAACGUUUUGCUGGAUUCUGAAGGACACAUCAAACUCACAGACUAUGGCAUGUGCAAGGAGGGGCUACGUCCUGGUGACACCACCAGCACGUUCUGUGGGACUCCCAACUACAUCGCGCCAGAGAUCCUGAGGGGGGAGGACUACAGCUUCAGCGUGGACUGGUGGGCGCUGGGUGUGCUCAUGUUCGAGAUGAUGGCAGGACGCUCCCCCUUCGACAUUGUUGGCAGUUCCGACAACCCGGACCAGAACACGGAGGACUACCUUUUCCAGGUCAUCCUGGAGAAGCAGAUCCGGAUCCCCAGGUCAUUGUCGGUCAAGGCUGCCAGUGUCUUAAAGGGCUUCCUGAACAAGGACCCCAAAGAGCGCCUUGCCUGUCAUCCCCAAACUGGCUUUGCUGACAUCAUGGGUCACCCCUUCUUCCGCAAUGUGGACUGGGAUCUAAUGGGCCAGAAGCAGGUGAUGCCACCGUUUAAGCCUAACAUCUCCGGGGAGUUUGGCCUGGACAACUUCGACACACAGUUCACCAACGAGCCCAUUCAGCUCACGCCAGAUGAUGAUGACACGCUCAGGAAAAUCGACCAAUCAGAGUUUGAAGGCUUCGAGUACAUCAACCCUCUGCUGAUGUCGGCGGAGGAGUGCGUCUGAUUGGAUGGCUGGCCAGUGGGGGCGGGACAGAGGCCGACGGAUAUAGUGACCAGUGAGCUACUCCUCCAGACGCAUCUCUGUCUCUACAUCCACACGAAUGGCCUAACCCUUCCGAAGGACAAACAGCCAAACUGAUCAUGUGAUCUCCGCUGAGGCAUGCCUACUUUGCUGUAAUUUACGUCAGGGAAUUCAGGGUAAUCAGACCUACUCAGGGUGGACGUGUGACUGCACAAAGGGGAAGGUGUGGAGGGGAGGGGAGGGGGGGCACAUUUAUGCCCUGUGGGGAGUUCAGGCUGCCUGACAGGAAGUCACUGCAUCUGAAUUUGCUAGCUCUGUUUUCUAAGGACAAAGACUUGUUGCAUUGAGCCUGGGCUUGAUUUAAUGUAAUGGUAUUACAGUGUGAGCCAAUGGCGGUGGGGCGGCUGCAGAGAGCCAAUAGGCUCCGAGUGUCUGAGCACUGCCAUAAUGCUCCCUUUACAGUCGACCAAAGGCAUUAUCUCAUGUAGAAAAUAAGCAAAAUGUUUGGUCGAUGACCACUUCAUGCAACAGGAUGUAAUGUAUCGUCACUUUUUAACUCAUGCUGUAUAUUUAAUCUUUGUACUUUCCGUAUUUAAGGUACUCUUCUGUUAAUGUUUUAUUUUCCUUUACAUGUAUGGUUACCUGGCAACACAGGAUUUUAAAAGUAACAGCCUCCAAAUUAUAGGAGAAUCUGUCUCCCCACUGUCCGCCCCUCCUUUGUGUCUGAGUAAUGUGAUUCUCAGGGCAGAGAAGGGGUGGGAGGGUUAUAUAAGCAGGGUUUUCGGGUGGUUUAUCUGGUCCAGCCACCCUGUAAAUGCAUUACUAAGCAGAGCUCACACGUUCAUGCCAGUUAAAGCGAAAGAUGUUUAAUGGUUUCUACAGUAAUCUCUGUUAAAAAGACGGCUAUUUCCUCAGCUACAAGAAACAAAUGCUCUUAGACUGUCUUUGCCGCGCUCAACCAUGCUAGCGUGGCAAUAACUCACCGCAGACGACCAUUUGCAUCUGCCAAUUUGCACGCUGCGGUGCUUUUAAAUAAAGCCGGGUCAUGUUUUC